AAGCUCCAGUAGCCACACAUCACAGUGCAAAAGGCAUAUAAGCGGCAAGGCCUGCGCCAUCGACCACUUACCUUCGCUUCGUGUCCCUUCAGCCACUACAACUGUACGCGUUUCUUGCUGAACGCACCAGCGCAUACCUUGUCGUGACGGAUCCGACAUGUCUCCGCAACCUCGCCCAAUUCUGAAACGCGAUUCAUCCUUUUAUAAGCAAAUAAGCAUCCCGCUUCCAUUCGCAGCUUGCGGAUCCAUCUUCUCCCCCCACGUUCAUUUCCCUCCGACUCCGGGUCUCAGUGAGACACAUCCGGCGCAUUCUCCGCAGACGUAUGAUCGCGCCCCGAUCGUCGUUUCUCCCAAUGCGUGCCUGCUUCCCGAACGUCAUGACCGGAGAGUGUACUCACCUACGAUUGAGGUCGAGAUUGAAAGGCCACAGCGAGGUCGCCCCCGAUCCCGUACAUCGAAACACGCGAGCGUGAAAGGCAGUUACUUUCACCCGCGGGCGUACGAGGCAUGCGAACCUGAGCCACCAAGCGACUCGGUACCUGUCUGCCCGCCACCGCUUGUCCACGACUCAUCUUCUCCUUCCGAUGAAGACAUGGUCAGCACACCGCCUGACCAUCGUAUAUCAUGGUUUGAAUCCGAUGGCAGGUUACCUCUCUUGACGGAUGUAUAUGCCUCUCCCGUUUCGCCGCAAGGCUCUGACCACGGACCCGACCUUUAUACUGUGGCCUACGGAGUGGAGAAGAGGCAGCGGCCAAAUUUGGGGCGUAUGGGUAAUUCCCUGUCUGCAAAGGCGGCAAAGGGAUUCUGUGCACAAUUGGAUGAAGGAUGUCUGGGUGGGUUCUAGUAGCUGCGAGGGACUUUGAUGUGAUGGUUCUCGAUGCCGUCUUUGGCCAUCCCGGAUCCCUCUUCCGCUGGUGAUAAUUAUACCCAUUUUACAUACAUACCAAGAGUUCAUGUGAUGGAACAGGCGCAGGUCGCCUGGUUUCGAAUGUGCUGGAUAACUAUAACAUUCGAACCCCUUUGUCGGAAUCCACUUCACUGUAGAUGGAGCGCAUGCCAGCGACUUCUUGUGAGCUUCCAAAGCUCCCAAAUACAAGAUUUCCUCUGCAGGAGGCAUUGCUGCUUAGUGCGAAGGUUUGAUAUCAAUCUCAAUGCAGUCUCUGUGUUUCGAAGAACCGAGGUGGAAAUGAUGCUGAAAAUCAACAUCGAGACUCUGAGAGCGGUGCUUGACCGAUCCGAUCACGAUCUUGCGUUCAAACUUCAAAGCAUUGCGGCUCUGGGAAUGAUGCAUGUACUACAGACUCAUCAGUUUUCAUGCAUGCCUGUAGGUUGCGUAAAUGUUUCGUAUCCUGCGCAGCGAGGUGUACAUUUAAGGGCAUGAGACCUCAUGAGACUCUACAAUGGGGUCCGUCCCUUCAGGCUUCAUGCGUCCAUGUGAUUGACACUCAAGUUAUUGAGAGAUCAAGAGGAUGUUCGUUCGUGGCAUUCU